CUUUGUAAAGCAGCGACCGGACGUCGUGCCCGCUUGUUCUUGCCGGGACGCUGACAGGUUGCUGCCUGACAACAGGUGAGAGAGACGCGGGGAGCCCAGCGCGUCGCGGCGGGAUUAAACAGGCGACGAGAGGACGGUACAGAUACGAUCUCCGGCGAGGAGGGAGCCGAGGCUGCCGUGAUGUUUCCUUCGCCUUCUGCUGCUUCUGGAGUCCUGAGUGGGACGACGUUGAGAGAGGAAACCUAAGACAUAGAAUCCAGACAAUCCCUUUAAUUGGAAGAGGAUGGUACGUCCCGCAGGGCUUUUGUUUCCUGUGAGAGGAAAACUUCAAUCACUUCAAAGCUCUGGUUUCAUUGGUCCCUUUAGGGUUUCACAAGGCCUUUCAAGGUGCCGACUCAUUGGUCCUUCAUUCCACUUGGAAGAUUUGUCAGCCAAUCAGCCUCUGCCCGGCGGUGUCUCCUCUGCAGCAGUUUUCCUGCCUCAGUUGGGACAGAGCACAGGACAGCGAGAGAGGGGAGACCGAGCUGCACUGCAGCUGAAUCAGGGAUCCUGCACAAGUGAGCUCCAUCAUGGAGGUGCCCCGGAGGCCUCAGCCCUCCACCUUCACACUAGCUCUCCCUAAACCGGCCUCAUCCGCGCUGUCUCCCCUCGGAGCUUUACAGAAGGUCGCCAUGAAAAAGCCAAUGACAGAAAAGCUCCAGGAGAAGGAUGGAUCCACAGAGGAAAAUCAAUGUGAAGAAGAGACAUUCAGCACAGCGGAGGAGUCAGACGUGUCCGUGUUUGUUGAAGCACCAGCCGAGACCUCGGAACCUGUAGAUUCAAAUGCUAGCGCUGUGGACUCAAAGCUCUCCUCACAGGAUAGUUUCUCAGAGGAGAGCUCAAUAUCAGAGGAGAGGUUGGCACAGGAGGCCGAAGAGGCCAAAAAGAAAUCUGAAGAGGAGGAAGCGGCAGCUAAAGAGAGAGCAGCCCAGAGACAGCUGCUGGCCAUAGAGGAGCUGGUCCAGUCUGAGAGGAAUUAUCUUCGACUGCUGCAAGUUAGCACUGUGACCAUCAGGAGCAACCUGCAGAAAUUACAGCCUCCUCUAGCCAACCUGGACAGCAUGUUUCUCUACAUUGAGGAGGUGAUUAAUGUGUCGAGUCGACUCCUCAGCUUGUUGGACCAGAAGCAUGUUCGGCCUGGAGAUCCUCUCUUCCUGGAGACGCUCUGCGAUUCCUUCCUCAGCCUGUCUUCAGACAUUGAGGCAGCCUAUAAGGAAUACUUGGCCAACUACAACCACAUUACAGUGGUGGAGAACAGCUACAAACAGAAGGAGGGGCUCUGGAACGAGGUUGUCAGGGUCAUCAAGGCCUCAGCGCCUGAAGUGAACGCCACUUCUCUGAGUUUCUUCCUGGUGAUGCCGGUGCAGCGGAUCGCCCGCUACCCCCUCCUCCUGCAGACCAUUCAGAAACACACCGACCGAGCUCACCCAGCUUAUGCACUCCUGGAGCAGACUGCUCACACCUCUGUUGCCUUGAACUGUCGGAUCAACGAGUACAAACGCUUCAGAGAAGUUGCUGACAAAUACAAGAAGACAGAAACCCUAACCAUCAAGGACAAGAUCAACCGCUUCAACUCCCACAGCAUUGCCAAGAAGACCGCGAGGCUCAGCCAGCAAAUCAAACACGAGACUGGAAUAGCACCCAAGCUGGUUGACGAGGAGUUCGACGCCCUGGAAGGCUUCUUUUACGUUCUGGAGCAUGGGAUCCUGGAGCUCCUCGAGAAUGUGGAGACAUACCUGCACCACCUACAGGGGUUCCUGGCCUGCAAAACAGAGGAGUUCGACUUUGAUAUGGACGGAGAGAAGGCACCUAUUUGCUACAAGGAAAUCACUACGGCACUUAGACAGUGGAUUCUUCCUACGUUUGAAAAGAGGAUGAGGACACUGAUCCACAAGCCGCUAUGUGCACUCCGUGACCUCCUGGUGGGCCCGAGGAACCUGAUCAGGAAGCGGCUGGAUAAGCUGCUCGACUAUGAAGUGAUAGAAGCCAAAUCUAAUCUGAGCUACGAGGAACAGGCUGUGGCCAACACGUACAGGACAAUCAAUACUUUGCUCCUCAACGAGCUUCCCCAGUUUAACGGUGUAGCUCUGCAGAUGAUCUGGAGCAUGUUGGGGACGUUUAGCUGUCUGCAUAAAGACCUCGCCUCAGACAUGGAGCAACUUUUCCAGAGCUUUGCACAACAGCUGCCUCACAGCUCUCUCGGCCCUGGUGCAUUCUGGGAGUGGGCAGACUCUGCGGUGUUGGAAGGGGCGAGGAGGCUGGAGACCUUGUGUCGCAGCGUGGAAGAGACGCUCUAUGCGCCUGCCGUCCAGCCUCUGAGCCCAUCCUCUCAGCACCGUCUGAAGCAGCUAACAGAUAAGCACGGUUCUGGAAAGAUCUACCAGGUGAUAGGGACGGUCGUGGGCAGCCGGGACCUGGACCUGAACCUGGCCAAAGGGGAGCUGGUGGCCCUUAUCAGUGAGACCGACACCCGUGGAGACAAACGGAGGUGGCUGGUUGAUGCAGGAGGCAGAAGAGGCUACGCUCCUUCCUCGAAGCUGAUUCGCUAUCAUCAGCCAACAGAGUACCCGCCCCCUUCGCCACACCCGACCCUGCCAGAAGGCGUGACGGGAAUCAGAAGACACUCCUACAGCCCAGAGAGCCGGCCAGUGACAGUCAGGAGCCAGCCUUGCUUCCAGGUGCUGGCAGCCUAUGACUUCACAGCAAGAGGAAACCAUGAAGUUUCUGUUGGGGCUGGCGAGCCGGUCCGUGUCCUGGAGCCCCACGACAAACGAGGGAACCCUGAAUGGAGCCUGGUAGAGGUGAGAGGUGGGCAGAGAGGCUACGUGCCCUCCAACUACCUCGCAGUCAUGCCUAUGGGGAUGGGACCACCCGGCUGUUACCAGCCCCACUGAGAGAAACGAAGGAAGGAAGGGUGGAGGGGAAGAAAACAGCAUGAAGUGUGACAAGGGUUUCACCAAUAAUGUUUGUAGAAGGCUUACAGCGUUGUUUUUGUAAUGAAGCUGCACCUGCUUCUCAGAACUCAUCAAACAAUAGCAUGUACAGUAUCUACAUCAUGGCCGUCAAUUAUCUAGAUUUUCAAUGUCAAAAUCAGUUUUCAAACAGACAUCAGAACCGUUGAAUAAUCUAAAUUAUGAAAUGCCUCCGUGUGAGCACUAAACAGGCCACAUUCUCUUAGUCGACUGCUGUCAAUUUUACAACUGGAAUUUUAAAAUUUCUCUCCAUGCCUUUUCCCUAUUUCCUGUGUGUGCAAAUCAGUGCGUUGGGGUUUUCAAAAUCACAAGGAAAGAAAAGUAAAAGGAAGAUUAAGUUUACUCACCUUUACCCUUUACAAGUAAGGGAUUACUGGCCGUCUCUUAGGCCACUUCUGCACUAACUCAGAUCUGAGCCUUCAUUUUCUGACACCGGAAACAUACAGUAUCUUUUCAGAAGCGUUCACUGAAGUGGAGAUGGCGCAAGUUUGGCAUAUUGGUGCGGACGAACAAAUUUGAGCUUCUUUUUUAAACACUGACAUCUCACUGCAGUGCCGUCCACACGUUAGCUAAACUUCCAAAAUCAUUUUACUGUGCAACAGCGCGACAAAUGGCAGAAAGUUGCUUAGUAAAGGAGUAAAAGCAUCAAAGGUGCUGGCUCAAGCAACUGGUGCAUGUGCAACAGAAAACAUUUAUACAUUUGUAGUGUUGUUGUAAGGUUUCAGUGUGGGCAGUAAAACCUGUAGAACAAUCUGAAAGUGUCCGUGUGGGUGGAGAACCUUUGAUUUAUGAACAGUGUUUUUCUGGCCUUGGCUCCACAGAAUCCUUGCCCUUUACAAGUGUUAAUAUAUCUGACACACGGGGGGGAAUGAAGGAGGCAGCAGCCCCAGAGCUGGUAGCUAUAUCUGGUCUCGCCUAUGGAUACUUGGGCAGGGUGUAUGCUUGCGGAGACAGAAUUUAGCCCUGCAUCUAAAGGUGGAAGGACGAUCUUUAAGUUGCACUGCAAAAGUUUUGAAGGCGAGCGGGAUUCAUCUGAGCUGUACUCGACUCAUUUUCCACAGUCUUCAGCGGGACACUUGAACUGAAAAAGAGAGACUGCACGUUCUUACUAGUGUGUCCAUGUGUUAGCAAGCUGACCGUAACACUUGGACACACAGAGGGCAAAAAAUGUGUCCGUGUGUGUGUGUGUGUGUGUGUGUGUGUGUGUGUGUGUGUGUGUGUGUGUGUGUGUGUGUGUGUGUAUGUGUGUUGUCGGUCGGUCGGUCUCUUCCUCCUCACCUGGAGGGCAGGAUUAACACUGUAUAAAGACUGGCAGGUACACAGCGCUCUCAUCAUCUCAGACUGUGUAAUGUGAUGUAAAUGUGAAGUGUCUUCAGGCCCGAGCGGAAGAGAGAGACACAGAGAGAGAGGAAGGAAUUCAUACGGAGGGAAGAAGUGAAAAGAGUUGCGGGGAAAAUGGAAGACAAACGUGCGGAAGAGGAAGAGACAGAGUUAUUCUGUUGGUUUGACUAUUUUUCCUAAACAAGCUCCUUCUUUUUCCCUCUCUGCCCAUUAGCUGAUGUGAAUUCACUCCUCUAUUCCUACAGUCACUCUUGUAUUUGUACAGGUGAAGUGUCACAAUUAUGCUUUCAUUCUCUCAGCCCUCAUUACAGUAAGAAUUCUACUCCUCAAUCUGGUUUUUGGCUCAAAAAGGUUUAAUCAUAGAUAUAAAAUAGUAUAGACAGGAAGGAAGUGACCUACUACUGUAGUCAUAGACACCUGAUGAUGCCUGCUGCUAUGGAUACCGUAUGCAGGUCGCAUCGCUUUAUGGCGUUUCUUCAAGUUGGCUGGACUGUGAAAGCAUUUAACCACAGCAGGAGAAGUUAAGUUGUUUUUUGUCGGUGAAGUGGAAAUUUGCCUGUUCAUUUUCUCCCAGCGUUCUGUACAUUUAGUGGCUCGUCACGAGGUUUACUGACCUGCAUUCACAAAAGACCGGCAUGGUCCCGAAUACCACCUCCUCUGUUUUAGACACGCAGAGUCCAGGGUGAAUGCCUCCUCUAUGCAUUUUAUUUCUGCGCCUUAAAGGUUUUAAGUCAUGGCACAUUAAAUGAUGUGCUUGUGGAAGGAAAAACAACUCUCCCAAGUUGCUGCAAUAUCUGAAUGUAUCAUUGAUGUCUUAAAGAAUAAUAAUGUCCCGACCCUGUCAACAUGCCAGUCGGAGUUGGAGCCAAGUCUUCAUCUCCAGUAGGCUAUGUGCAUUCUUGCUGAAAAAAAAAAAAGAUUUGUCUAAUGGUGGAAGGAUCCAGCUCAUCAUCAAAAUAUCCAAACAGUCUGUGGUUGGCCCAAGACUUAGAGCUCUCAUCUCAUAUCUGACAAUAGGUUAAAAAAACAUGUUUAGGCGAGAAUGAAUCAAAUCCCAACUACCUACAUAUAGAGAGACUUUUUAAAAAUGUUUUUCUUUAACCCUUCAGCAAGAAAUUUGUCCCAGUACUGGCAAACACAGUCCUUUCAGUUUAAAAAAAAAUAAAAUAAAAUAAUCCACCUACUUUUUAAGGCUGGACUGGUCAGUAUGUUUAUAUGAAGGUGGUCAAAACUUGCAGCUGUGUCUGUAGGAUGCGUAAACCAGCCGAUAGCUUGCUCACAGAUUUAUUUAUCAAUUUUAAAAUGCAGCUUUAAACUUAACAUAAAAAAAACCCCCAUUAAAAUCUUGAGUCAUGACAUUCCUUCAACUAGCCUUCUUUUUAAAUGAGCAUGUUUGUUAUACAAUUGAGUCUUUUCCUGGUGGAUUGAGCUGCAUCAGCUGCUGUGGAUGCGAAGCAGGGGGAGGGAGGCUGAGAUCUACAGCUGCUCAGCAGGAGCUUAGCUUUUCCCAUCAGCCUGAAUGUCAGGACGGAGCGGAGCAGCAGGAGGGACAGAAAGAGCGUGUGUGUGUGUGUGUGUGUGUGUGUGUGUGUGUGUGUGUGUGUGAGAGAGAGAUGGUACUUAUAUAGCCAAAUACCAAAUGUCCUCCGGGUUAUUAAGAUGAAGGGAAAAUGAAGAAAAUCCUCCAACCUGAGGACAUUUUACCUGCUUUCAACUCUUCAAAGGCCAGUUUAGGGUGAAAGGAACAGUUCAGCCAUUACAUGUUUGUUGAAAACAGGUAAUGGCGUUAAACCGUUCAUUUUGGGAUCCAUUCAGUCAUUUUUAGCAAAUUUUUGUCUAAUUCCCACUGAUGACAAACGAAGAGUGUGAAGCUGCUAUUGCUGGUUUUCCCUGCAAUUUUGAAUGUCUUACGUUUUUAAAAAAAAAAAAAAAAAGUAUGUUCUUAUUCCCCAAAAAUGGAGGUAGUGUAAAAACUAAACUAUUAUUUCACCACACACUCCAGGCAAAGACUGAGAAAGCACCCGAUGAUAAGUGUAAGUAGUAAAGGGUGGAUUUCUCUGUUUGAUCGGAGACUGAAUAAAAUGCAGGACAUGUUUGGUGGUCAAGGCGGAAACGUUGUCCUCACAUGUGUGGUGAUACCCUGACAGACACACUUGUGCCUUCAUUACCAAAGGAAGCUGUUGCUUUCCACUCAUACACCACUAGAGGGAGUAGGAGACCUUGGUUGUGUUGGAUAAGCCAGCCUGUGUAUUUCAGCGUGCAACUGGAAAGCGUGUGUGUGCGUGUGUGUGCGUGUGUGUGUGUGUGCGCGCGUAUGUGUGUGUUGCCUCCAUCUUUACCUUUGCCAGUAUUAUUGCUUGCCUGAGAUCAGUCAAGUCAAAUCCUGUCUAUUCUGUCCAUAUUGUUCCGUUUACCUCUGAUUUUUUUUUUUAAUUAUUUUUUUAUUAACCUGCUGUCAAACCAACAUGUGAAGUGUAACAGGUUUAACAUGCCGAUGAUCAUGUCUUUUACAGUCUGUACAGAAUUUCUGUUUAUAAUUUAUUGCUUUGUAACUGUGUUUAGUUAAAUUGUUGUUUUUAAGUUAUUUGACGCCGCAGUGCUUCAUGACCUGAGAAGAAGCGUGAAGUAUUUCAAGUGUUGCCAAAGUUACUAUGUCGAACUCACUCACACACACAUGUUAUUCACCCAGCAGAUGAGAGCUUGUGCAGUGCAGCAGUCGGGGCAGCUGUGAACUGACUGCGUGGCUUCAAUAAAAUUAAACAGGAACCUG